AUGUUGAAAAACGACAAGUUUAGAAAUAUUGUAGCUGAUUUUUAUACCUCCGCUGAACUUCAGAAUGGCUUCAAAAUUCUACGGGGAGAAUUAGAAAUAUUCACCAUUCUGAACAUUGAGCGAAUUCCCAAUGAAACAUUUUCAAACAUUUCUCCGAAUUUAAAUAAUAAAAUUGACAGAAUUGAAAAUUUGGCGGCACAAACUAACACGAAAACUCUAAACAAUGCUUGGUCUGGCGGGAAACUUUUAGAUUUCAACAAAGCUCCUUGUUCUACAAAUAUACAAACUGACGAAAGUGAUAAUGAAAAUAAACCGUUUCAACUUAAAAUUUCACGUCGGAAAUUGAUUGAUCUUAACACCGCUUCAACGCCUAAAAGAGAAUUAAUCAGGAAAAAUACAGGAAAAUCAAAAGCUGAACUUGGCUUCAAAGCUGUUGCACCACCAGUUAAAAAAUCUUUCAUAUAUUUGGGAAACCUCAACAUCACCAAAACAGACACUAUAAGAGAACACUUAAAUAAAGCUGGAAUAAAAUUUAUAUCCAUCUUUCCAAUAGCAAAACGAGGUUCAAAUGUUGAAGGCGAUGAUAACAAAUCUAGUUCAGCAUUUCGCAUCUGCGUAGCAAACAAUGAAGUUUCAAAAAUGUUCGAAGAAGACUUAUGGCCCGAACAUGCGAUUAUACGCGACUGGAUAUUCAACGUCAAACCAAGUAACACUAUCGAAAACAACAACAACAAACAUGGCUAG